AUGUAUGAAGCUAAAAGCAAUACAUCUUUGGAUGAUCUUUUAGAUCUGUACAGAAAUAACAUGCCUACAAAUAAUGAACAACAAAAGAGUGAGCAUAGCUCUGCAUUUUUUAAAAAUAAAAAAAGGGACCAGAAAAAUAACAAUGAUGAUGAUGAUUAUAAAUCUGAUGACUUUUUCGAUUUGAAUUUUGAUUCUUUAUCUCCUAGUUUUUAUUUUAAAUCCAAUAAUCAUAAAAUCACUAGCAAAACUAAUAGUAACCUUCCAGACAACGAUAACAAUAAUGCUAAGUUAAAUUAUUCUAAACAAAAUAACAAUAAAAACCCAUUUUCCCCACCUAUAGCCCAAGAAUCAUUCCUUCCUAGUGUAAGUACUGCUUCAUCAAAUAUCUCACUAGGAAGUCUAUAUUUUACUCAUCUGGAGAAGAAUAACGAUGAAAAUGAAAAUAACUAUCAGGUUAAUGGAGAGUCUAGGGGAUGUAAAGUUAAUAACAACCUUACACCACCCACAAGUAUAUUCACACCCUUUAUUAGUAACAAGGAAAAUGAAAACGAUAAACAGGGGAGGAAUAACAUAAAUUUAAACAAAAAAUUCAUAAAGACUAUUGAAGGAAAUGAAAAACUUCAAGUAGGGAGAGAUGCUAUUGAUGCACGCACACAGCUUCUAGGAGAUUUUUCUAAUGAUGAAAAAUACAUUGACGACAUAAUUAAAAAUUCUUUGAAUAGAAAUAGUGAAAUGACCAAAAAAAUAGAUAAAUCGAUAUCUUUAAUUCAUAAUGUAUUGGAAACUACCUCUACAAAACGCGAAACCACUGCAAAGAAUAAUACUAAAAAAACUUCAAACAUCAAGUCCAAAAAAACAACAAGCAGCAAUAUUUUCAUGAAGAUUCUGCUGUAUUGCAAUGUUAUUUUAGAGAAAACUUUUACCUUUUUCAACUAUAACCCGUUUUAUAUAAGCGUGUGCCUUUUACCGAUCAUAAGAUUGACCUAUUACUAUUUAAUUUCCUCCAAUUUGCAAAAUUUUGAAAUGUUACUGAAUGAGGUUUUUACAAUUUUGAUCACGUAUAAAUUUUUAGAUUAUACUCUAAAUGCUCAUAUCUUAGAAAUUGUAAGCAAUCAUAUGAAAGUCAUUAAAUUAUCUAAUUUCCUCAUUUUCAAUUCAAUACCUUUUAUUCUUUUAUUGUUGUUAGCUUCCGAAACGUAUAUUUUCCAGCACACUUUUUUCGGCAGCUUAGUUUUUAAUAGGAUCUUUAUUCUAAGUACUAUGUUUAUUUAUAUGAAGCGGUACAGUGAACUUAUGUUCCCCAUCAUUUAUUAUAAUGUUGAAACAAAAAACAAGGAAAAAAAAAAUUUAGGUCAGAAUGUUAGGAAAUAUAAGGCUGAUAGUUACAACAAAGUUUUUUUCCCAACUAAAUAUGCAAAUACUAAAGGUAAAAAUGCAAGUUUAGAAAAAACCGAUUAUAAAAAGAGUGAUCUUAUUUUACCAGAAAAUCCUGUGUUUACAAGAAUAAAUGGACCACACCUGCCUCCAAUAACUACUACGAAUGUUAGCAAUGAAACUGCGUUAUUGGAGCCCAAAAAAACAUUUUUAGGUUUACCACUUUAUAGAUUUUUCAAGUUAUAUUUCAAGAUAAAUUAUUAUAUUUUAAUAUUUUCAGUAUUUUCAAUGUGGGUUCUAUUUUGGAGAAUACCGAAGAUUUGUUUUAAAGUAUUGAAGGGAAAAGUUUCAAAUAAUCUUAUAUUUUGA